AUGAAAACAAAAAUUGAUUUUAUAAAUAAAUGGGCUUUUAUUGUUUUUUCAAAAAUUCCAGCAAUUUUUUGUGUUCAGAAAAAAAAAAAGUUACAUCAGGAUAUUUUAGAAAAUGUAAAGAAAUUGAAAAUAAUUAAUCACCCUUUAGAUAAAAAUUCUAUAGACUUCUAUUUUAUUUCUAAUGAAAUUAAUAAGUUCUUAAAUGUAGCAAAUAAAAUAAUUGAUGAAAAAAAAAAAAAAAAUUUAAUAAUUGAAAACUGCUUUAAUUUGUAUUAUUUGUUAAUUAUAUCUGCUAAAUUAAAGCCUUCUAUUUUAAAGAAAUAUAUUCUCGAGUAUAUUGAGGAGAAUAUAUCUGUAAUUCUGAAAAAAAAUAAAAUUGAAAAUACUGAUAGUAAAACAAUCCCGUAUACUAUACAUAUAAGAAGAGAGAAAUCACUUUGUAAUUUAAUAAAUGAAUUAAAUGUAUACUGCUCUAACUAUUUAAAAAAAAUUAAUAAUAUUAAAACAAGAUAUUUAAUGAUAGACAAAAAUGAAAUAAAUAUUGAUGAAGAAUGGAAGAAAAAACAUGAAUAUAUUUUCAAUAAGAAUAAAUUAAAAAUACCUAUAAGCAAACAUAAUUAUGAAUUUAUUUUAUACGGAAUAAAUGAAUCUAGUAUAAGAAAAAAAAUUUUUCAUUUACUUAACUCUCCCUAUGAAAAUAAAGAUUUAAACAAAGAUGUAAUAAAUAUAUUAAAAAAAAGAUAUGAAAUAGCAAUUAAAUGUGGCUAUAGUAAUUGGAGUCAUUAUUCUGUAUCUUAUUUUACUAGUGAGAAGAAGAAUUAUAAUAAUUUAAAUGAAUUUUUUAAUUUAAUUAAAACAAAAAUAGACAAAGACUAUGAUAAAAUAAAUUUUAAUAUGAUGAAAUUAUUUAAUUUAAAAAAGAAAAAUAAUUGUAUGAAUAAUAGCUAUGGUAAUAAUAAUAAACUAGAUUUAUAUGAUUGGUAUUAUUACUAUAAUAAAAUGUUUAAUAAAUCAGAUGAAUAUUUCAUAAAUACUUUUUUUCCGCAAAAUUACGUUUUAAAUAACUUUAUCGAAAUAAUGUCAAAAAUAUAUAAAUUUUCUUAUGAAAGAAUUAAGAAUGAAGAAGUAUUAAAGAAAUGGCCAAAUAAUAGUAUUAUAUAUAAAAUUGAAAGAGGAAAAAAAAAAAAAAUUAAACAAAGUCUAAGUCAUGAAAAAAGAGAAAAUAAGGAUCUUAAUGAUUAUGAAUUAUUAGGAUAUAUUUACAUAAUACCAUAUAUGAGUAUAAGAUUAAGGGAUUAUUUUAAGAUUCCCUUAAUGAAUUCUUUAUCAAAUACUUAUCUAAUAUGCAACGGUCAUGUAUUAAUUGAUUAUCAAUUUAUGCAAACUGUACCUCUUGAAAAAAAGCUAUUUAGUUCAUCAGAAAUUUUAACAUUAUUUCAUGAGUUUGGUCAUGCUUAUCAUUUAUUAUUAUUAUCAAAUAAAUAUUCUUUACAUAAUUUUUAUAAUAUUCCUUUAGAUUAUGCAGAAUUUUUUUCACAUAUAAAUGAACAUUUAGUUAAUAAUUAUAAUAUAAUAUAUAACUUAUCAAAUAAAGAAAUAAAUAAUUCAAAAAUAAAUGAAAAUUUAUAUCGUUCCAUGAAAUUUGAUUCUUCAAGGCUAUUUAACAUUUAUUUACAAUCUAUAAUUGAUUAUAAGAUUCAUGAUAUUAAUCCUUUUACAUUUUUUUCAAAUAAUAAUAAAAAUGAUGAAUAUGCUUUAAACGAUUUUUAUAAAAUUAUUGAGGAAUAUCUUCCUUACAAACUUUCUUCCUUAUAUUCAAUUCAUUCAACUAGUUUUCCUUAUCAUUUUUCUUGUUAUUAUGCUGGAUCUGUUUUAUGUUAUUUACUUGCAGAAAUUAGAGUUAUUCUAAAUAUUUCAGCUGAUGAUUUAUCAUUAAAAAAAAAUAAUUCUUUAAUAACAUUUCAAAAAAAAUUUUACAAUAUUCUAUCAAAGGAUUUUAGAGGAGAUGAUUACCCUUCCAUAAUAAAAUAUACUUUAUCUAAUAAAAAUUUGUUUUCCAUUAAAUAA